UUCGAGGAUAACCUGAAAUCUAAAAACUUCUGGAGACCGAUGAGGGUUGAUCUUGGCUUUGGAAUCAACCACUAUGCUGGAAAGGUGAUCUAUAAUGCGUCCGGGUUCCUGGCUAAGAACCGAGAUGCUCUUCCUGCUGACAUCAUCCUGCUGCUGAGGUCUUCAGAGAACGAGCUGAUUCGCAAACUAGUCACUAAUCCGCUCACUAAAACAGCGUACCAGCCAUAUAUUGUUCGUGGCCUCUUUAAGGUCAAAACCUUUCCACUGCAAAGUAAUCUAGCUCACACCAAAGGGAAGGGGACAGGGUCGGUGCGACUCGGAUCACGUCAGCGCUCUCCUCAGCGCUCUGUAAACAUUGUCAAGGGGGAGAACGGUGCGGAAAGCAUACAUCAUCCUCGAGAGACCACCAACAUGAGGACUCAAACCGUGGCCUCUUAUUUCAGAUAUUCACUGAUGGACCUGCUUUCGAAGAUGGUGGCCGGACAGCCGCACUUCAUCCGCUGUAUCAAACCCAAUAACGACCGCCAGGCUCAUAAGUUCGACCGGGAGAAGGUGCUGAUUCAACUGCGCUACACUGGCAUCCUGGAGACGGCUAAGAUCCGCAGGCAGGGCUACUCUCACCGCAUCCUGUUCGCUAACUUCAUCCAGAGAUACUACAUGCUGGCUUUCCGUAUGAAUGAGGAGCCGGCCGUCAGUCGGGAGACGUGUGCAGCUAUUCUGGAGAAAGCCAAGCUGGAAAACUGGGCUCUGGGCAAAACAAAGGUAUUUCUGAAGUAUUAUCACGUGGAGCACUUGAAUUUGAUGGUCAGGAGAACCAUGGACCGGGUCGUGCUUCUCCAGGCGUAUGUACGGUGUUGGCUCGUGGUCCAAAGCUACCGAAAAAUCUUGGGGAAGAGAGCUCAGAGUGCUGUAGUCCUGCAGUCAGCAUUCAGAGGACACAUGGUGAGAAAACAAAUGGCUGAUGAUAAAACCAAAGCCGAACAGGACACUGUCAUUGUUGAACUUCAAGCAGUAUGCCGUGGAUAUCUGGCAAGGAAGAAAUACAAAGAGUUAGUGGAUGAGAAGAACAAAGCUGCUACAAAAAUCCAGGCACACUUUAGAGGGCACAAAGAGAGGAGAAGCUUCCAAAGGAAAAAAGAAGCCUUGCAAAAGGAGAAUGAACAGAAUACAGAAGAGGAUGUUCCGGUUGAGGAGAGCAAGUCAUCUGCAGAUUCAGCCCAGGAGGAUGGAGUAAAAGAGCCUGGGAAUAGUGAAGGAAAGAUCACUCCCUCUGCAGAUGAACCUGAAGCUGCUUCACCAGAAUCUGGAGAAGAGUCUGUACCAAAUGAAGCCACAAUGGAGGAAGUAAACACUGAACAGGAGGCCAAAGCAGCUACGGUUAUCCAGAGCAACUUCAGAGGAUACAAAGAACGCAAGAAGCUCCAAGAGGAUGGGCAGCUCCCAACAAAGGGGAAGAAAGAUACAGAUCAGCAAACUCAGGAAAACAACUCAGAAGAGAAGACAAUGGAGGCAGGACAGGUGACAGAAGAUGGGCAAAACCCCUCACAGGGUCAAAACAAUGGAUCUGAGAACCAGAAUGAAUCAGGAUCAGAAGAAAAAAUAGCAGCAGAGUCCAGAACCGCUCAAGAGGAACCUGAGAAGGAGAAUGAACCAACAGAACCUACAUCUGAGGGACAGAAUGGAGAUGAGUCAAGGCAAAUGGAUGACGAGCAAGCGCAGAAGGAGAAGAGCGAUUUGGAAAGUUUCUCCAAACAUAUAAGCAGCGUCUCUCAGGACUUCCUGAUGCUGCAGCAGAAGCUGAAUCAGAUCAUAAUGGCUCAUCAGAUCAACCCCACCAGCAACGGCAUGUUUACAAGAGGACAUGUCGUGAACGGUACUCUCGGGACUGAUCAACAGCUCUCAGCUGGUACACAGCAGAUACGGACGUCUCGCCGGAGCACCAAGCCAAAGACUCUGAGCACUCCUGAGGACUCGACGUACUACAGCCUCAUCCACCGAUCCAUCCAGGAUGACAAGAAGAGGACGAGGAAGCAGAGCUCUAAGAAGCUGUUGGACACCGAUGAUCAGUAUUACCAGAGUCUAAACAGCAGUAAAUCCACAAGCGAGACGUCCGGAGACACAGAGGGACCAGAGUCCGAAAUCCCCACGUCUGACACCCCCAAAUCUCCAAACCAGAACAGGCACUCUGUUCUCAGAAUGCUGUCUAUGGAAAAUGAGGACAACCCUUACGACUACAGGAAGCUGCUGAGGAAGACGUCUCAGAGAGGAAGGCUUAUCGAGCAAAACUAGACUCUGUGUUCUGGGCUGAUAAAGGUUUUGUAAAUAUGUAUGAUACAGUAGUUUGUACGGCUUGUCGAGCCGUGCUGGUUUUAUAUUUAUAUACUUUUCAUAUAUAUAUUUAUUACAGGAAUACUUCAGAAAAUGAAGAAAAUGGCUAAUGAGAAAAGAAUGCUAAUGGAAAUGCAUUAGCUUGAACUUGCACUAGCUUUUAUGCAUUAACAGAUUAUUAGCAACUGAUUUUAAACAUGAUCUCAGGAUAAUGAUUCAUGUACAUAACUAAAUAGCACAGUUUACAAUCUAAUCUAAUACUUCACUGACUGGCUCUUGAGUCAUCCUGCACUGUGUGUGCACUUUACCAUCGUCUCUUAUACUUUGUACACUUGAAUGUUUUCUCAUGUUUCUUGUGUUUCUUGUGGAAUAUUCUUGCACAGCUCUGGUGCCAAUAUUUCUAGUUUUAGGCAGUUUCAAUUUUUGAGUCUUUGCUAUGUUGAUAUAGGAGAGAUCUGAGAACUACACUCUCCUCUUUCUCAGCUAGAACAGCAGUCAGACUGAAUACAAUUAAAAUACACCCAGUGGAAAAGCCGAUUCACUGAAGGGGAAAGGACAUGAGAUAUGAAACACAUGCUUUUGCUUCUGGUUGCGGUUAUUUUCACUUUGCAUCAAGUUUAUCUGUGUGAACUUUGACCUGUGAAUUCACAAACAUCGAUCUUCUGAGCCAAUAGAACGCAACAAGGCAGGGCUGUGAUCUUUUUUAAUUGGUAAAAAAAUGGAGGAGCUGCUUAUUAUGAAAUACCAACUUCACUGAACUCUGUCUCUCUGUUUUUCUAAUGUUGUUUGUUACUGUUGGAAAAAAUAUAGCUAGCUAGCUAACAUUACCUAACAUUCUUUACAAAAUCAUAUCAUCAGGACUGCCUCAUUUUGAAUCACAGGCUGGAAAUCUACACUGCAACGAAAUCACUGAAAUCCAUUUACUGUAUGCAAAAUGGUGGAAUGUGCAUAUUUUAUAAAAAAAAAAAAAAUAAGAGAAAAAAAAAAGGAUUUUGCAUUUCUGUGUAAUAAAAAUGCAAAGCGGA